AUGUCUCGCCAGCACACCAUCCGGAAAAGAGGCCCGGAUGCUCUCUUCUUGCCUGCCGCCACCCAAUCCAGCAGCACCCCAUGCCGCCCCUCCAAUCCGCGCUCCAGGCACUCCACCAUCUCGCUCAACCCACCGCUUCUCGCGCGUGCUAAGGCUGGGGAGGACGAAGCACGCAGGAAAGACCCCACAGCGAUGAACCGCAGAACCCACAAGCCCCCCUUAACGACUCCACACUGCCAUCGCAAUCGCACCCCUGUCCAUCGGCAACUGCGUGUCUUCCCGUGCUGGCUGACGCGCUUGUCGACAAUCCCCGUGCUUGCUCACAAGUCCGAGCUGAGACCCAGACCCCGCACCCACCCCGUGGGAUACGGAGGGAGGGAGGACAAAACAGCCAACGCAUCCACGUCAGCAUCGUGGGGAGGACCAGCAAAACCCCUCCGCAUCAAACUCGUCCUUGACCGCUCAUGCCAGCUCAGCUCACCCGGCGGCUCUGGCCUCGCUUCCGGCGACCGACCCUCAGCAUGCUCAGCAUGCAGGAGCGAUUCGGGUUUGGUCGGGGCGUGGGACGGUUUCCGCGCCACGGCUGCUGGUGUGCAUGAGACGAGUUCCGCGAGGGGGCGUGCCAUGUCCGGGUUGUCCAAUCCAGCGACGCCGGGUGCAUUCUGCUGCAUACCGCUUUGGCUGGGUGGCGGGCUGAGACCGGGCAGUGCUCCGGGAUGCGGAGGUGGUGCGAGCGGCGAGGGAGGCGGGAGAUCUAGAAUGGACCUCGAAUCGAGGCAGAAUCGAGAGCAGAUUUGGAGCAGCCUCGCCUAUUACACAACAUACCAGAUUGGCUUGAGUGGAGCAGUAUCAGAAGUGUGGGAUGUAACCAUAUAUCUGGCUCGGUAUGCCGAUGCGUCGCCCGAACCUCAGUCCGAAGGUUAA